GAAUCAGUAUUACUUUAGGUGUACUCAUAUAAAAAAUAUUUGUUAAUUAUUAAAAGAUUACAAUAAUUAUCAUAUAUUUAUUAAUAUACUGUAUAUCGACACUUAUUUUUUUGAAUUGUUAAUAACACAAACAUUUUUUAUGUCCACUACAGAAGCUAAUUGUGACGACUAUGAACAUCGCCCGGUGCCGAACAAUGACAAAACAGAUACACUAGAAUCGUAUCCCAUAGACUGUAAUCAACUUAAUCGGGUAAUACCGGAGCUUAUCAGCAAUGGUCAACUGAGAAAACAGUUUGAAUGGGCCGCCAAUCAUAUUGAAGACGUUUGCUACGAGUAUGCCAUACAAAGGGUUAACAAUCGCCGGAACCGGUACUAUGGAUAUGCCGUACCGUAUAAUUACAAUCGUGUUGUAUUGCCAGCUAUUGAUAGACAAUAUGAUGACUACGUCAAUGCCAGCUAUGUGUCCGGCCAUCUAUGCUCCGCCCGCUAUGUUGCAGCUCAGGGACCGAUGAAAUCAACAAUCGACGACAUGUGGCGCCUGAUUUGGCACUUGAAUGUCGCACAAGUGGUUUUGUUGACCAAUGCGACCAAUGAAGACGACUGGUAUUGCGCCAAAUAUUGGUCCCGUACUGUCCGCACAUAUGCCAACAUUAAAGUAUGGAUUAUUAAGAUUGAAUCGUUUGGUGACUAUACCGUCAGGACGUUUGGUCUGGAAUGUGAUGGCGAACACCGACAGGUCGGACAUUAUCAGUACACUGCUUGGCCUGAUUGGGGCGUUCCUGAGGAUUGUCACUCAUUUAUGACGUUCAUAAAAGAGAUCCGAUUAGCUGAACAGUACUACUCUAAAGACAAACCUAUUGUUGUUCAUUGUUCAGCGGGUGUCGGUCGCACCGGUAGUUUUAUACUUAUCGAUUCGAUGCUCGAAAUGGCCAAACAGGAGAAACAAGUAGAUAUUUUACAACAUUUUCACCGAUUACGACACCAACGUAUGAAUAUGGUUGAGGCCUACGAUCAGUACGUGUUUGUCCAUCGGGUGCUUAUGGAGGCACUCGGAAAAUAAUGGC